UCUUGAGCACAACGCCGGUCAGUGGCGCUCUUCUACGAAUGCAGUGUGUGAUAUGAUGAUCGCUCUGGGCUAGCUCAAGCAAUACACUUUUCUACGAGCUAUUUGCAUCGUAACAAGAAAGAGGUGGCACGGCGGGAGAACAAGGCAACAGCAACAGCACAGCAGUCCUUACAAGAAUCAUGGCCGCAAAACAACAGCAGGCGGCUACUGCAACUUCCUCUCCACCACCAACAGACCCCUCCCUCCUGGCCGGCUCUCUCUCCCUGACCUCAGGGGCAUGGUCGGCGAUCAAACGAACCGGAGCUUGUGCCUGCUGCGCCGCUCGCCUGGUCGCAUGCCGAGACCCUGCUGUGUACGCGUGCGACGAGCGGGCCUUGAGAGCGCAGCUUGACGCUCGUUUUCGCUCAACAAACGCCGCCAACGAAGGCAGCGCUGCUGUCACCAGCACGGCGAGAGAGAGGUGCUGCCCUCUCUGCCUGGGCUUACUGCAGCACGAGGUACCUAUCCGCAUAGCUGCCCGCCCUAGGCCUUCCUCCGAGGUUCACGGGGACCACAACCGCUCCUGCGAACAGGCAUCGCUACCGAUGCCUCCUGCCGCCGGUGCUUCUGACACACAGUCUCAGGAAAUCGCGCCGCCGCCCGUCUUUGCCGAGAAAACAGAGGCGCCGGGAUCAACCACGGCUAUGGCGAUUGACCGUUGCGAGCGCCAGGCGCUCGAUGAAACGGCCACCGCGGUGGCCGCCCCAGGCAACAGCAACGGCAGCAGUACUAGCGAUACCUGCAGAAACACGGGCUACUGUCGUUCGCGAAUGGCGGAGGCGAUCGUGGAAUGCAUCACCGCCCGAGGGUACACCGUAACAAGCUUCGGGGUGACGGCGGCGGUGCCAGCGUGCCUGGCGGUGCGGAACGCGGCGUUUCUGGAGGCGGGCUUGGGCGGCUGCGACCUCUCACCCGAGCCUUCGCACCAGCAGCAGCAGUCCUCUCCGGAUGAACCAGAGCCGCCCGCCGCCACCACGCCGCCGGCAGCGCCGACGAGGGCGGGUCAAAUCUCCAGACAGGCCGUCGUGCCCGUCAAGGAGGCGCUCAAGAUCGGGCUGGCUCGCACGCUGAGGGCCCACCUCCAAACCAGACAGGAGGCGGCGGCGGCAGUGGCGGCAGUGGCGGCGGCAGUAGUGACGGUAGACCACCAGGACUCUGACUUCAUGGUGGAGGUUACCGCGAGGGCGCCCGAAGCCGACGCGCACGCGGCGACCGCCCUCUUGGGAGGCCCGGCUCCGUCCCACUCGGGCGCCGGCAAGCCGCCGCGCGGCUGGCCCGCGGGGGGAGGGAGGUGGGCGAAGAAGCGCCAGCGGCGGGAGGAGCAGCGUAACCCGGGGCUGACCGUCGGCGCGGUUAAGAAGGGCCUCAACGAGAUGGACGACGCGGGCAGGGAGCGCAUGAGGCGCUGGGUACAGGGGCUAAUACAAGAGAGGAGGACGGGCGGGGAGAUAGAGGAAGUACCGGUGGCCAGUCUUGGCGGAAUUACCGGAGCAGCAGACAGCAGUAGCGGGGGGCGCGCGGCUGAAGUAGUCCGUGGUGGAGAUGGUGUCGUCGACGCCGAGCCGAAAGACUCUACAGGCCAGGCGGUAGACGGUGUGACCCCCGUGAGCGGGACUGUUGUGGGUGGUGAUGCGAGGGAGGGAUCACCCGCUGCGGCACCUGCGGAGGCGCCGGUGGUUCGAGCUGCAGGAGUCCCACCACCCUCUGCCACACCAAGCGACGCCAGCAUCCACCCGACCAGCGGCGGCGCGGAGGCGCUCUGCGAGGUCGCCAUCCGGCGAAAGUCGAUCCACUUCUGGGGCCGGUACACAAAGCUCUCCCGGAGUGUCCCGCAGACGCCGUGGUUCAAAGGUUUCUACUCCGUGCAGGAGGCGGUCUCCGAACCGUUCCAGGCGUUCUCCGGCUGCGUGGAAGGGCUCCUGCACGGGGCCGGCCGGGAGGACGUCGACGUCCGGAUGCUCGGGAAGGGCCGCCCGUUCUGCCUAGAGCUGGUGGACUCCCUUCGGUCCGUCGACGAGAUCGCGGCGCGCUUGCCGUCCCUUGCCGACGCGGUUAACACCGCGGGGGGCGUCAAGAACGUCGGCGGCGGCGUCGCGGUGUCCAGGCUCCGGGUAGCCGGGCCCGGGGAGCUCCCGAGCGACGUCCAGGCCGUCGGCGAGGGCAAGCGGAAGCACUACCGGUGCGUGGUGUGGGUAUCGAGGCCGGUGGGAAAGGAGGAGCUAGUGAAGGCGCUGUGCGAGGAUGCGCCGGAGGAGCUGGUGGUGCAGCAGGCCACGCCCAUCCGCGUGCUGCACCGCAGGACGCUGCUCGACAGGCCUAGAUCGAUCUUCGGCAUGCGCGCGGAGUGGAUCAACGAGCACUUUUUUCAGCUGGAGCUCGCCACGUCCGCCGGCACCUACAUCAAGGAGUUCGUGCACGGGGAUCUCGGGCGAACCGUGCCCUCAAUCGGAAGUCUCCUCGACUGCCGGGCGGACAUCCUACAGCUUGACGUUACGAACGUCGAAGACAGAUGGAGCGCAGCGGAAAAUAGCUAGGGAUAGAGGGCCACGGCGGGUUGAAGGCAUACCCUCGUUUGGCCGCGAGGGUGGAGGAAACCAACGUUGCGCCGUAGGGGGGACACGAGCAAAGCAUCCUGGCGAAUGUUUUGGUAAGCGUUACAGUUUUCACUGACCAACGGCAACGACAGCAUUACAAGGCUCGUGUGCUGUGUGUGUCGAUAGGAGGUGGAAGCUCGUGUGUUCCGCGUGGAUAGCGGGGGUCCUUACAUUGCUGUGAAUCUUUGGUCCUUGGCCCUUGUUGGUUGAGCGUUGUCUCGAAGGACGUCACCGAUUCGUCUACCUGAAGUGAAGCCUUGUCACUACUCUUCGCGUUCCCUCCCCUUCGCGUGAUUUGCCAAAUAGAACGAUGGCUUGGCCCAGCCUCGUUUCAGCAACGAAAAGGAUCACGCGUGUUGCUAGUAGUGGGGGACGCUGAGGGCCAACUGCUGUCUGUGGGUUCUGCGGCACCGCCAGCAGGUGUGUCGGAGGGUAGACGAUGGUGCGACAGGAUCGUUUCCAAAGACCAAUCUGCAGGGUUACGCGC